AUGGAGGUCUCAGAUCCGGAGGCUGAGCGGCGAAGGGAGCGGGAACUUCGUGACAAGGCGAAGCGUGUGAUGCGCGAGCGCUCGGGUGGACGCGAGGCCAGAGAAGAGCGAGGCGGAUCCCGCGACCAGGGCGGGCGCGAGGGGGAUUGGGGUCCUCCUCCCACGUGGUGGAUCCAGCAGCAGGAGCGCAAGAAGAACAAGAAGGUUCAGCAGCGGCGUCGAGAGCUUGAGAGGAAGCCCGAGCCGUUCCCCAGCGGUGGUGGGGGCCACGGGGACCCAAAGGCCAUGAAGCCGAGGGCAGCUUCACUGGCGGUGGCACUACCCUCUGCUCCCAAGGGUACGGCGGAGGAACCCAUUCCAGUGGAAGUGGCGGCGGACGUGGAGUGCUUCAAGUGCGGGCGCCCCGGCCACUUCCAGUCCCAGUGCAAGUUCUUGCCCCUUUGUGUUCUCUGCAAGGAAGAAGGACAUGCGUCUGCACACUGCCCAACAAGGGGCCGGCAACUUCACCUCCAAAUCAUGGGCAGCGCCAUUUCUGGGGAAGGUUUUUUCUGCCUGGAGUUCGAGGACGUGAACGAGACCGAAGCACCCAUAGAUGCUCGCAUCAAGAACGCGGCCAUCUUAUCUGCGGAGCCGGGGAAACUGAACCUACGGAUUCUCAAGCAAGAAUUGAAGCACAUGGUGACAGGCGACUGGGACUGGCAGGUAUCUCAAGUGGGUGAUGAUGACUUCGUGGUGGUCUUUCCUUCUGCAGAUCUGUUACACAUGGCGAAGUCUAGUGGUAAGUUGUUUCUGUCCAUCAAUGACAUCACUGCGCGGGUGCGCGACAUGUUACACGAGGAGGUCCAACCCAUGGUGAUGCCGGAGACUUGGGUGCGUCUCCAUGGCAUCCCAAAGAAACAUGCGUGA